AAGCUCAAAUACUCCCCCACCCAACGCGCCGGAUUGCCCAUCUCUUUCUCCCAAUGGAGUCCCCGCCGGCGUUUCCGUCGUCGGAAGACGAAGCAUCUGCGCUGACACAAGCCCAUGACAACGACAGAGCAGGAGACCCCGAUGAAGAAGAAGAAGAAGAAGAAGGUUACGAUGAAGAAGAGACGGCCAAAUCCCGAAGAGGGACGAGGGCCAAGAAGGGUCCCGAUCCGAUGAGGAAAUCUUGGAGCAAAGCCGACGAAUUGCGGGUCCUGAGGCGACUGCUCGAGUUCUCCGCGCGAAAGAAGGAGAACCCAGUUUACGAUUGGGACGACAUCUACAAAUUCGUGAGCAGCGACCUGGAGACCUUCUACACGAAGGAUCAGGUGAGGAAGAAGGUGUAUCACUUGAAGACCAAGUACGGGGACCGCGAUGGGCUGGGCAAGAAGAAGCGGGCCAUGUCGCCGGAGGAACUGGCGGCGUAUGGGUUGUCGAGGGAGCUGUGGGGCGAUGAGGUGAAGGGCGAGUCGAGCGCGAGAAGUGAUGGCGAUGGUGGGGCUGGGAGGGGUGAUGGGACGGCUUUGGCUGCGCUGAAGGCCGAGCUGCUCGUGUUCGACGAAAUGCCUGGAGGAGUGGACUUUUCUGGGUUCUUGAGCGAGAUUGAGAGGUCUAGUGCUGUUGGGGUUGAUGAGGGAUUUCUGAGGGCUGGUCUGGGAUUGAUCGAGAGGAAGGAAAGGGCAGAGCUGGAGGAGAGAUGGGGGAAGUUGCGAAUGGCUGAACUGGCAGCUCUUGCGGAGCGGGCCGAAUUGAUCCAUCUCGUGGCGGAGGCGAUCCUGGAGGCUUAUGAAUCAAGAAAGCGCUGAGUGUCAUGCUCAGGUGGAAUUUUUUGUUGCCUAUGAUGACUUAGAAUGGAGAAGGUUAGGGUAGAAGGAGAAAUGUCAUUUUUUUGGGUGAAGCUUGCUGUUGCUGUUGCUGCUGCUUCAUUAAGUGUAUAUACGUUGCAAACUUCACUGGUAAAAGCUUAUCUGAUGGGACUUCUUUGGUGUCUUUA